AUGUUGAAGUGCUUUGAGACGCGUCUCCGCGUUUUUUUUUCAAUUUGUUUAAACUUUGAUUUGUAUUUGUUCCUGUUCAGGUGCAGCAGGACGCGAAUUUCGUUCUUUAUGAAUGAAUGCACGAAUAGAAGUGAAGAUACUAGUAAAAGUGUCUGUGAAGAAAUUCAUUAGUUGUCAAAAGUUAAAUUUCCCAAGACAAUUCAUUAGAAGCUCUUAAGUUAAACAGUUUGUGUCCAAACUUGUAUACAUAAAACCGAGAAGUUUUUAGUCCGACCUAAAGAUUAUUACUGAAAAAAUAAAAUGAUCAUAGUAUAUAGUAUAAUCAAACUUGCACCCUUCCUAUCAUCAUCAUGAUCAUGGGACAGUCCCUCCUCAGAGUUUCUGUCUUUGUGUGAGAACUGUGAAGCUCCCUCUCACUCAGUCUCUUCUACUCUCCACACGUGAAGAUUUGAUGCCAGAUUCUGAAACACAUCGGUGAUUUAUCCAUCAGCCAGACACAAUGACAACCGCCAAUGCUCCGCAAGACAGGUAUUAUGCUGUAUGGAUCAUAUUGUUCAUCCUGGGCCUGGGAACUCUGCUACCAUGGAAUUUCUUCAUGACUGCUACAAUGUACUUUACCAAGCGUCUGAAGGACCCACAGAUAAACGGAGUAAAUAAUCUGACAGUCAAUGGUACGGAGGAUGAUCCUGGACGUAGUGUCCUGGAGUCAAAGUUCAACAACGUGAUGACGCUGUGUGCCAUGGUGCCGCUGCUGAUUUUCACCUGCCUCAACUCCUUCAUUCAUCAGCGGAUUCCUCAGAAGCUGAGGAUCUCAGGCAGUCUCUCUGUCAUUUUAGUGGUGUUUCUCAUCACAGCUGUGCUGGUGAAGGUGGAGAUGGAGCCCCUGCCGUUCUUUGCCUUCACUAUGAUCAAAAUCAUCUGCAUCAACUCGUUCGGGGCGAUUCUUCAGGGGAGUCUGUUUGGUUUGGCUGGGAUGCUCCCAGCAUCCUACACCACACCCAUCAUGAGCGGACAGGGCCUGGCAGGGGCAUUUGCAGCCUUCUCCAUGAUCUGUGCACUCGCCUCGGGCUCAGAGCUGCAGGACAGUGCCUUCGGUUACUUCAUCACUGCCUGUGUGGUUAUUCUAGUGGCCAUCGUUUCUUACUUCGCUCUGCCUAAAAUGGAGUUUUUCCAGUAUUAUUCUGAGAGCAAUGGCUCCAGAUCCAACUCUGAUGAGGAAAACAAGAUGGAUUUGCUGAAACAAGAUCAAGCAGAGAAGAGGCCGGUCCUGAGCCUGACUGAAGAAGAGAACAAACCCGCUGUGUCAGUGUUUGGCAUCUUCAAACAGAUCUGGGUGAUGGCUCUUUCCGUGUGCUUUGUUUUCACAAUCACCAUUGGCGUCUUCCCAGCUGUCACUGUUGAUGUCAAGACCACUGUUGCUGACGAGAAGAACGGUUGGCAUAAGUAUUUCAUCCCAGUGUCCUGCUUCCUCCUGUUCAACAUGAUGGACUGGGCUGGCAGGAGCCUGACUGCUGUGUGUAUGUGGCCCGGUAAAGACAGCAUCUGGCUGCCCGUCCUGGUCAUCGCACGCUUGGUGUUCGUUCCUCUCUUCAUGCUCUGUAACGUUCAGCCCAGAGUCUUCCUGCCCGUGGUGUUCGGUCAUGAUGCCUGGUACAUCAUCUUCAUGAUCCUCUUCUCCUUCAGCAAUGGAUACCUGGCCAGCCUCUGCAUGUGCUUCGGACCAAAGAAAGUGUCUCAACAUGAAGCAGAAACCGCAGGGGCCAUCAUGGCCUUCUUCCUCUCUCUUGGCUUGGCUCUGGGAGCUGCGUUAUCCUUCGCUUUCCGAGCCAUGAUCUAGAACCGUGGCCUAGUUCUCAGGAUGAUGAAGAAGAGGAACUUUAACCCCUGAUAUACACCGAGCCAGAGAGAAUGUUUUCAUAGUGCACAUCUAUCCUGUUUGUCCCUCUUGUGUGCUUUCUUGAAGUGGAACUGGAAUAGACCGCAUUCACACAGGGACCAUAUUCAUCAACACCAUCAGGCAAAAAAAUAGCCAAAUAUAUCUGCAUUUUUUUUAUUAUUAUUACACUUUUUUUUGUAAAACGUGCCGAUUCAGUAUUUAGCAAUAAUGUAUAGUUGAAGUUAACCCCAUUCUGUUUUAAUCCUUUUUAAUGUUUUUGUAGAUAUUAACAGUUUUAAUGGUCCUGUUUUAGUUUCGUUUAGUGAUGACAUAGACAUGAAGCUCUUAGGGAAGUAGGUCACUGCAAAAAUAAACAUAUUUUUGUCUUUUUGCCUUUGCAAAUGUCUAAAAAUCCACAAUUACUUUUUGAUAACAUAAAAUCUUGUUUUCUGAAAAAUUCAUAAAAAUUAAGAGUUUAUGCUUAAAACAUGAUAAAGAAAAUCGACUGGAUAAAAAUAAUUCUGUUAAUUUUUUCUACUUGUUUUAGGCAUAAACUAAACUCAUUUAAACAUAUUCAGUAAAUGUCUCUUCGUUGAAGAAUGUGUAGGUAUUUAUUCUGAAAACAAAAGAAAACUGUUUAAGGAACUAAUUUUGCAGUGGUUCUAGAUAAAUCGUACUGUAUCACCAUUAAAGGGCCCCGAUAUGAGUUUAUAGUGGCAUUUUGAAUCAUAAGAUCCAUUCAGAUGCGGUUUAUUUUGUCAGCUGCAACUUGCUUUCAGAUAUCGGCCUUAGUAUAUUUUGUGAGCAAUUUUAAAUGAAGGCCUAAAAAUGUUACAUUUGACCUUGUUAUUUAUGUUUCUUUUCUAACCGCGUUUUUAUUCAUUUAUUUAAUGCAGCAUGUAUGAUGACACAUUCUAACAUCAUUUAAAUGCACAACUUGCUUCGGUUGCUCAUGUUUUAAAAGAAAAUUGGCAAAAUUGAAAUGUGUGGUCUGGUUGGAUUGUGAAUGGAAAUAAACAUUUCUGUUUGUAA